AUGAAGGCUUCCAUUGUUGAACGGUUUAAUCGAACACUAAAAAGAAAAAUGUGGAUGCAAUUUAGUUUGCGGGGAAAUUACAAGUGGUAUGAUAUAUUGCCUACUCUUAUUUCCAACUACAAUAAUACAAAACAUAGAACAAUCGGAAUGAAGCCUAAAGAUGUUACUUCAGAAGACGUUGAAAUUUUAAAAGAAAGGAUCUCUAAACUGAGAAAAAUUCCUUUAAGACGACCAAAGUAUAAAAUUGGUGACAAAGUUCGAACAACAGAAAUAUUCACCGUGGAUCAAGUUGUAUCAACUCAACCAGUGACUUACAAGCUCAAGGAUUACCAAGACCAACCCAUCAGCGGAGGAUUUUAUGAAGAGGAACUUCUUAAAGUAAAAUAUUCAGAUAUUUAUCUUGUGGAAAAAAUUCUCAAGACACGUGGAAACAAAGUUCUUGUCAAAUGGCUUGGCUUUGAUAAUUCUCACAAUACGUGGAAAGAUAAAGCAAAUGUAUAA